UAAACAACAUGGUGACUCCACUGUGGAACCAGCCGUAUGAGGACCAGCUGUCCACCAAACAGACCAACUCCAGGGAGUUUCUGAGGAAUUUAUCCAAGAUGCUGCAACGGAACAUUGGGGAGAUGUCUCCCUGGCUGAAGCAACAAAGGAAGAACCACAGUAGGAUGGCAUGUGAGUUGGAGCCAAUUAAGCCAUCGCCAGUAUUAGAGAGUUAUCGCAACAAGUGUGAGUUUACCAUCAGCAAGAGUGUAGAUGGCAUCGUUGAGUGAAACUGGCAUUUAUUUUUAUUUAUGCAAUCUCUUCAUUUUUUGUGUGUAUGCGCUCCGUUCACAAGUACCCCCUCGC